AUGCCAACUCCACGGUGUUUCAUAAUCCGCCAUGGCGAGACCGAAUGGUCUCUCAAUGGGCGACACACGGGCAGCAGCGACAUCCCGCUCACCGCCAAUGGCGAGAAACGAGUCAAGGCUACGGGCAAAGCGCUGGUUGGGAACGACCGCUUGAUUGCGCCCAAACGACUCGCACAUGUCUACGUAUCCCCCCGAAAACGCGCGCAGCGAACGCUCGAACUGCUGCAGAUCGGAUGCAAAGAGCGGCUUCCGUGGAAGGAGACGCGAAGCCCAGAGGACGAAGAGCCCAUCCGCACAGACGCACCCAUCGACAUCACCGAGGCAAUCCGCGAGUGGGACUAUGGCGAGUAUGAAGGGCUGACGAGCGCCGAGAUCAAGGUGCUGCGGGAGAAGAACGGCCAAGAGCCGUGGGAUAUCUGGCGAGAUGGGUGUCCGGGGGGAGAAUCCCCCGAAGACGUGUGCCGCCGCCUUGACGCGUUCAUCGCCGGCAUCCGAGAAACACACCACAAGAAAAGCUUCGCCGGCUCAGACAGCACCAAAGUCGACGUGUUGGUUGUCGCACACGGCCACAUUCUGCGCGCUUUUGCCAUGCGAUGGGUCGGAAAGCCCUUGACAGAGACCGCACUCAUUCUGGAAGCAGGCGGAGUCGGAACGCUCAGUUAUGAGCAUCAUAGUGUCAACGAGCCUGCUGUAGUCCUUGGAGGCGGUUUUGUCGUAGAGGAUUGA